AUAUUAUUUUUAAUAAUAUUACAAAAAAUAUAUUACAAAUGUCGCAGAAACACAAUUGUGAAGAAUAUUGUAAGCUUUUGUCUCGCUCUGUUAAUAUUUCGGUUCGAUUUUCUCUCGGGUGAGUUCGUAUGCGUGAGUGCAUUUCUAAUUCGUCGUGAUUUUUCGCAGCUCGUUACAAUGUACAAUGUUAAAGUUUUUUAAGAUACAUUUUGUGUAAAAGUUUACUCAAGUUGGUGCAUAUUUUAAUAAAUCAAAACAUUUCUCCGAUAGUAAUGCACAUUCUAAUGUGUAUAAAUUGUCUAAAUAUGGGUUGAUGUGCAAUUAAAUAUCGCUAUAUUCUUGGAGUUUUGUAUUGCAAAAAAAGGCGCAAAAACCUUGCCAACAAAAGCAAUGAUUGAUUCAAAAGAUGUUGGUGGUGAUAAACGUCGGCGUUUAAAAAUGUUGGUUCAUCAAACAGUGGUAAAGCAGGAAUGUGUCAAGUGCCAAUAAACGAUUGAAAAUAAAAAAUGAACUUAACCUUUAUUUACUUACAAUUUGCUUUAAUAACUUUUAAAAAACAAUCAUCUUACACUGAAGAAACGUAGGAGGUAAACUAAGAAACGGAAUAAAUAACCGAUACUUCUCGGUCCACCUUUAUAACUUCAGACACAAAAUGCACUCGAUCGCUGUCGCCAAAAACGCUUUAACUCAGUUGAAACAUUUUUUAAAUGUGCGAAAGCGAUUUCAAAGAGUGCAACCCUAUAUAAACAAACUUCAAACUUGGAAAGUUUUGACCCUUUCUGCUAAUGUCAACACAGCCGCUGCAGCUCAAGAAAAGCAUCAGUGUCGAGUGAUCGUGUUUUUAAAAUUAAUAAACCAUUUCCGGAAAGCAAUUUUCUCCUUCCGCCGUUUGAAUUAAAACAUUCAACUUUUUUUAAUUUUUAUAUAAUUUCGUCGUUAUUAAGAUAUUCAAAAUAAGCUUUGAUAUUGCGCUUGAAAAUUUUUGAAUUUAAAACAAACAACAAAAAAUAAGGCAAGUCAUAAAUUAUCAAGUGAAAUCGGCGUAAAGUUGUACAAGCUUACGUAAAUUUAAUACCAAAAUAGAGAUCAUAACAAAGGCGUCUCAAUGAUGGCUGAUCAUAUGGAUGAACCACCGCAGAAGCGGACUAAAAUGGAUCCAACGGAUUACGUUUCAGUUUUGGAAGAUGAUUUACCGGAUGAAUUAGUUACUGGCAAUAGUAAUUGGCCAGACCCUCUUGGCGGUGGCGGUGGGCCAGGAGGUUCAGGGGCAGGUCUUGGUGUCAACGUAGUCGGUGGACCCAACAAACCUCCUGCACAAGGUCCUGGCCCAGGUGGACCACAAAUGAAUGGCGCAAGCGAUGAUAACACAGGCGGAAACCAAGGUGGUCCCGGCAAUCCAUUACGUCAAAUGCAACAUCAUCAACAUCUGCAGCAGUUAUUGCAACAACAGGGUAAUAAAAAUACAGGAAUGAUCGGUAAUCCAAUGGGCGCAGCUGGUAUGAAUCAGUUGGGAAGUAAAUCGCCUAACUUGCAGUCACCAAACGCAGCAGGCAUGCAAGUAGUUGGUGGUCAAAUGGGUAUGGUUAACUCAAUGUCAAUGUCGAUAUCCAACAACGGUACUCCAGGAAUAAAUACAAUGCCUGGCAUGAACACAAUUGCUCAGGGGAAUAUAGGAGGUAUGGUGAUUACUAAUAGCAAUUUGGGUGGUUUGGGUGGCGGUGCAGGCAUGGUAAAUACAUUAAAACAACAAAUAGGUGCAGGUGCCGGUGGUAUGAUGAAUGCUGGACCUGGUGGGGUAGGGCCCGUCGGAAAUAUGGGUCCUGUUGGUGGAGCAAAUCAGGGCAUGCAUUUAGGAGGGGGACCUGGCCAUCCGCAAAGUCUACAAAAUGGUCCGAUGAUGGGUAGAAUGGUGGGGCAACAUCUACUUCGUGGCCCCAAUCCUCAUUUAAUGGCUGGUAACGGCCCUGGUGUUGGGCCAGGCGGUGGUCCGAGAAUGCAGAAUCCAAAUAUGCAAAUGGCUCAACGAGCAGAUGUGUUAAACGGUAAUCUUACAUACGGUGGUCCAGGUCAAAUGGCAAAUAUGGUUGGCGGUAAUGUAGCAGUCGGACCGAAUGGACCCUAUGGAAAUGCGGUGGGAAGUGUUGGAAAUUAUGGUGGUCCUGGUGGACCCCAGGGUGGACUUAAUGUAAACCCGAAUAAUCCACAACAGCAACUUUUGGCGCAGCAAAUGGCACAACGCGGUGGUGUUCACCCAAUGCAACAGGGCAACCGACCCGGUGUACCCAUUGGAAUGGCUGGUGUUGUUGGUGAUGGAACCCUUCAGGGUUUGGUAGGUGGUCCGCAACAACAACAGCCACAACAAAUGGGUCCAAAUCAACCACAAACGCAAGGUGGUGUUAUGGGAGGCCCACGACCGCCGCAACCUGGAGGUCAAAUCCUUCAUUCUCAACAACAACCUGGUACCUCUCAACAAUCUGGUGGUGGUACGGCUGGUGGAAGUAGCGGUGGCAGCACAGGCAGCGGAUCUAGUGGUGGCGGCCAACACCUUUCGGAAGAGAGAAAAAAGCACAUACAACAACAACUGGUGCUUCUCUUGCACGCGCAUAAGUGCAACCGACGCGAAUCUUUGAACCCUAACCGUGAAAAAUGCAUAGUUCCCUAUUGCAAAUCUAUGCAAGAUGUGCUGGCGCAUAUGGCGAACUGUAAACAGAGCAAAGAAUGUAGCGUUCAGCAUUGCACGUCGUCUCGUCAAAUUUUAUUGCAUUACAAGACUUGUACCCGUUCGGAUUGUAUUAUUUGUUUUCCUUUCCGCCAGCAACAGAGUUUCCACAAUAAUGCAAGUGGCGCUAAUGCAAAUACAAACACUAGCCAACCGUUACAAGGUAUUGUAAAACAACCACAACAACAGCAGUCAGAUGGAACUAGCGUAGGGGGUGGUGGUCCGCAAAAUUCUGGGAUACCGCAGCAGAAUACUGGUGGAACAAAUAUUAUUGCUGGAAAUGGUGGCCAAGUUGGAAUGACUGGAGGUCCAAAUCAACAACUUUGUAUGAAGUCUAACGUGGACAUAUCUCAACAAAUGCAACAACAAAACGCACAGAACCAAAAUCAGGAAAUCAGACGGUUUGAUAGUUUGGGAAUGCAAGGAGCAGUUUCCAACUCCGGACCUGGAGCUAACAUGCUUCAAAAUAAUGCAGUGAAUGCACAACAACAAUUAAAUCGUAUUCGGUUGCUAGGGGGCGGACCGAUAGGGCGACCAAUGUCAGGUCAGGUUGGUGAACCCGGAGGUGGCAUAGGCGGUGGAGGGCCGAAUUCUAAUACAAUCAUGGGCAAUAAUAUGAUGGUUGGUGGAGCGGGAGGGCCGGAUAACGGCAUGCAACAGCAAAACCAAAAUGUGCAACAACAACAAGUGCUUUUACAGGGCGGAAGUAGCGGAGGUCAUAACAACCCACAAUUAGCUGGUUUGAUCGGCGGUUCUAACACUAACAAUACUGGUCAAAAUCAACAAAAUGUUGGACAACAAUCACAGCAAUCAAACAUUCCUUUAUCAGUUAAUGUUCAUAAUAUUAAUAACAAUUCCGCUUUUAACAAUGCACAGUUAGGUGCUAAUAACGCUGGCAAUUCAGCUGACAUGGGGGGAACUGCGGGAAAUGGGCCACCGCCUAACAAGCAGUUGGUGGGAGCGCAAGAGUUGGCAAAGAUGAAAAUGCAGUCGUAUAAUGUCAUUAUGGCUAAUUCAACAACAGUAAGUGGCCCAGGUGGCGGACCUGGAGGAGUCGCUGGCGGUAAUAAUAAUUCUGGCGCAGCUGGUGGUCCUGGUACAGCAACUGUAAAUUCCGGUGGCUUGGUGAACGCUCAAAGUAAUAACUCAUCCAGUGGGGGUGCAACCACUUCACAGGGCGGUAAUGGCAGCGCAGGUAAUAGUGCCGUUACAGAAGAAAGAGACUGGCGUGAAUCGGUGACUGCUGAUCUACGAAAACACCUUGUCCAUAAACUUGUACAAGCGAUAUUCCCAACGUCUGAUCCUACAACCAUGGCUGAUAAACGUAUGGCCAAUUUGGUUUCUUAUGCUGAAAAAGUUGAGAAAGACAUGUAUGAGGCAGCCAAGUCUCGGUCAGAAUAUUACCACCUACUGGCUGAGAAAAUUUACAAGAUACAAAAAGAGUUGGAAGAAAAACGCAUUAAACGAAAAGAACAGCAAAUGUUAAUAAUGCAACAACAGCAACAAGGAUCCGGUGGAGCAGGAGGUCCCGGUGCUGGGCAAGGGCCAGGUCCGAGUAAUGCAGUACCAGUUGGUCAACAACUUCCUCCUGGACAUCCCCAAGCUCAACAAACCCAAAUUAGACCUUUGAUCAGUCCCAUGGGUGCUAGUGGAGGCCAAGGUAUACCCUUAGGUGCUGCUGGUAUGAUGCAGCAACAAAUGCGUGGACAAGCCCCGGGCAAUGUGGGUAUGAUGCCUGGACAAGCAGGUCAAAAUAUGGUAGGAAUACGUGGCCAUUCUCCUGGAGGAAAUUUGCUAGCUUUGCAUCAACAGCAACAACAACAGAGAAUGCAGUUUCCACAACAGCAGCAAAGCAAUUUAUUGGUUGGUCCGCCAGGACCUAGUCCAAACAGUGGCAUGGGGGCAAUGCCAACAUCUACACCACAAAGUAUUGUCGUACCAAGUCCGGUCUUGUCUCCUUAUGGUGUCCAAGUAAUUCCAGCUAGUCAAGCAAGCGCCGGUGGUGGUGUGUUGACAAGUCCUGUUCCUGGUCAGCAACAACAAUUUAUCACGGCCAAUGGCGGGAAUAGUUCACAAUCAGCGCAACAACUUUCCGAAAUUAUGAAGCAAAGGCUUUUGCAAGCGCAGCAACAACAACAGCAGCAGAGUAAUAUGUUGUUACCACAAUCACCAUUUAACAAUCCUGCUUCUCAUAUGCAACAACAGCAGCAACAGCAACAACAACAACAACAGUCUCAGCAGCAACAACCACAAAAUCCCUUUCCUUCGCCAAUGUCGCAACAACAACAACAGAAACAAAAUAUGGGCUCAGUGGGAAAUAUGCCACCGACUCCUACUAGUCUUGAGUCAUUAGUAGGUGGAAAUUCGGUAGGCGCGAAUACCACAACUGGCGGCCCCUCAACAGGUGUUAUGGUAGCCGCGCCUAGUCCCUCACCAAAUUUCGUCUCGAAUGGUCCAAUAGGAACACCUUCCAACAAUCCACCAUCAGUAACAUCCCUUAUGCAACCCCUGAGUGAACGAGCUAGCAGUACUCCUCCCAUUAUGGCACCGUCCCCGGCAUCGGCAACAUCUGGAACGCCACUAUCGGUGAAUGCUAGUACAGCUUCCACUAUUGUAGGUGUGCCAAUGAGCAGUACUGGAACUACAAUGACGACAACUGCGUCAUCUUCAAAUACUCAGUUGUCAGCGAAACCUAAUGCCAUUAACACAAAUAAUAAUGGUCCUACUCUGUCACAGCAGCAACAGCAGCAACAACAACAAUUAUCGAUGGGUAAAGGUGGCAACAACAAUAGUAGUAAUAGUGUCAGUGUAGUGGGCACAACUACUACUACAUCGACUGUGAUGAGUUCACGUCCUACAUCAAGCAGUAAUCUUUCAUCACAAAUGGCGGCGCUUGAAGCAGCUGCUCGUGAUAAUGAUGAAACUCCACCCUCACCAAGUGCUGAUUCCGGUGGUGAAAGCGGUAACGCAUCCAAAGGAAAAUUGGAUUCCAUUAAGCAAGAAGAUGAAAUUAAGAAAGAGUACAUGGAAGAUGGCAGCGGUGGUGGAGACAAUUCUCAAAUGGACACACAAUCUUCAGCUGGUGUUGGUAAAAAUGUUAAUAAUGACGGUACCAACAUGAAAGUGGAAAUAAAGACUGAAGACGGAGAUGGCAUUAUAAAAAGUGAACCAAUGGACACUGACGACAACAACGCCGCAAAUGGUGUUGGCGGAAUGGGCAAUGCUGGCACUGUAGACUGUAAAAAUGAUGGAAAGACAUCAGUUGACGGCGAUACCAAAGUCAAGUCAGAAACAAAACCUGUAGUACCAGAACCAUUGAUGCCUAAUGCUGGCGAUAAGAAAAAGAAAUGCGUAUUCAAUCCAGAGGAGUUGAAACAAGCACUGUUACCAACACUAGAUAAGUUGAUGCGUCAUGAACCAGAAUCAGCACCUUUCCGUUGUCCCGUGGAUCCACAAAUACUUGGUAUACCAGAUUACUUUGAUAUUGUGAAGAAACCCAUGGACUUGGGAACCAUUCGCAACAAUUUAAUGAAUGGCAAAUAUAAUGAUCCGUGGGAGUAUGUCGAUGAUGUGUGGCUAAUGUUUGAUAAUGCAUGGCUAUAUAAUCGUAAAACUUCACGUGUUUAUCGAUACUGCACAAAGUUAUCUGAAGUAUUUGAGCAAGAAAUCGAUCCGGUAAUGCAAGCUCUUGGCUACUGUUGUGGUCGAAAAUAUACAUUCAAUCCGCAAGUGCUAUGUUGUUUUGGAAAGCAAUUAUGUACCAUACCACGGGACGCCAAGUAUUACAGUUACCAAAAUAGUCUAAAGGAUUAUGGUGUUGCCUCAAACAGAUACACCUUCUGCCAAAAAUGUUUCAACGACAUCCAAGGAGACACUGUUACUCUCGGCGACGAUCCGCAGCAGUCUCAAACGCAAAUUCGUAAAGAUCAAUUUAGAGAGAUGAAGAAUGAUCAUUUAGAGCUUGAGCCGUUUGUAGAUUGUCAGGAAUGUGGCCGCAAGCAGCAUCAAAUUUGUGUCCUCUGGCUUGACACGAUUUGGCCAGGUGGUUUCGUUUGUGACAAUUGCUUGAAGAAGAAGAAUUCCAAAAGAAAGGAGAACAAAUUCAAUGCGAAACGUUUGCCCACCACAAAACUUGGUAUAUAUAUAGAAACACGUGUCAAUAAUUUCUUGAAAAAGAAAGAAGCUGGUGCUGGUGAGGUACACAUAAGGGUUGUAUCCUCAUCUGAUAAAUGUGUAGAGGUGAAGCCGGGCAUGCGACGACGAUUCGUUGAUAAUGCGGAAAUGUCUUCAGAAUUUCCUUAUCGGGCGAAAGCUUUAUUUGCAUUUGAAGAGGUGGACGGAGUUGACGUUUGUUUCUUUGGCAUGCACGUACAAGAAUAUGGUUCCGAAUGUCCACAACCCAACACGCGACGUGUAUAUAUUGCCUAUUUAGAUUCGGUACAUUUCUUUAAACCGCGUCAGUAUCGAACCGCAGUGUAUCAUGAGAUACUGCUGGGUUAUAUGGAUUAUGUGAAACAAUUAGGUUACACAAUGGCGCAUAUUUGGGCAUGCCCACCUUCCGAGGGCGACGAUUAUAUAUUCCAUUGUCAUCCGACGGAUCAGAAAAUACCUAAACCAAAACGUUUGCAGGAAUGGUAUAAAAAGAUGUUAGACAAGGGUAUGAUUGAACGUACUAUACAGGAUUACAAAGAUAUUUUGAAACAAGCAAUGGAAGACAAAUUGACAUCAGCCGCUGAGUUACCUUACUUUGAAGGCGAUUUCUGGCCAAAUGUACUGGAAGAAAGUAUCAAAGAAUUAGACCAAGAGGAAGAGGAGAAACGCAAACAAGCCGAAGCAGCAGAAGCUGCUGCAGCAGCCAAUAUAUUUUCAAUUGAAGACAAUGAAGUUAGUGGUGAUGGAAAGAAAAAGGGUCAGAAGAAAGCAAAGAAAUCCAAUAAAUCCAAAGCUGCGCAGCGUAAAAACAACAAGAAGACCAAUGAACAACAGACAGGCAAUGACCUCUCUGCAAAGAUCUAUGCCACAAUGGAGAAACACAAGGAGGUGUUCUUUGUGAUACGCCUGCAUUCGGCACAAUCAGCUGCAAGUUUAGCGCCUAUACAAGAUCCAGAUCCAUUAUUAGCAUGUGAUCUGAUGGAUGGACGAGAUGCGUUCCUAACAUUGGCAAGAGACAAGCAUUUUGAAUUUUCAUCACUUCGUCGUGCUCAGUUUUCGACGCUAUGUAUGCUGUACGAACUACAUAACCAAGGCCAAGACAAGUUCGUCUAUACAUGUAACAAUUGUAAAACUGCAGUGGAAACAAGAUAUCACUGCACAGUUUGUGAUGACUUCGAUCUCUGCUCGGUGUGCAAGGAAAAAGUUGGUCAUCCACAUAAAAUGGAGAAACUUGGCUUGGACAUUGAUGAUGGCUCAUCACCAGCCGAUCUUAAACAAGCAAACCCUCAAGAGGCGCGGAAACAAUCCAUUCAACGAUGCAUUCAGUCACUGGUACACGCAUGUCAGUGUCGUGAUGCCAAUUGUCGCUUGCCUUCGUGUCAAAAGAUGAAACGGGUCGUUCAGCAUACAAAGAACUGCAAACGCAAAACUAAUGGUGGCUGUCCAAUUUGCAAACAAUUAAUUGCGCUUUGUUGCUAUCAUGCCAAGCACUGCCAGGAGCAGAAAUGCCCAGUUCCGUUCUGUCCAAAUAUUAAACACAAGCUCAAACAACAACAAUUGCAACAAAAAUUACAACAGCAACAACUUUUACGCCGUCGCAUGGCUCUUAUGACUCGCACCGUGACUACACCAGCAGCUUUAGCAGGUGGUCCAGUUGUUGGAGCUGGUCCAGUUGUAGUGCCUAGCAACGUUGUUGGACCCGCUGGUGUUGGCGUUGGUGUUGGUGUUGGUGUGGGUGUAGGUGUACCCGGUGUAAAUGUUGGUCAAACAAAUAUGCCUGGGCAACCAGCUCUAAUGGCAGCGAAUGCUGCUGGUGGAAUGAGUCCAUCUACAGUAGCUGUACCCUCACCGGUGUCGGCACAGAUGAGUGGAGGUAUGACUUCACCGCACCCCCAUCAACCUGGGAUUGGAAUGAAGCCAGGAGGUGGUCAUUCACCUUCGCCCACUGUUUUGCAAGUUGUUAAACAGGUCCAAGAGGAAGCUGCGCGACAACAAGGUGGUCCCAUGCCGCCUCCAGUAAUUCAACGUCACAUAGGAGGUAUGCCUAAUCAAGGCAAUCCUGGUGGUGGUAUGAUUGGAAGCAAUGUGGGAAAUGUUGGCGUUGGCGGUGUUGGUGUUGGACAAAUGGGCCCAGGUGGUGUAAAUACUGUUAUGGGUAAUAAUAUGCCAAUGGAUCAAUGGGGUGGCGGUAAUCGUUAUCAGGGAAAUGCCAAUCCAGGAAUGCGACAACCAAACCAAACCCAAGUGCAAAUGCAACAGAAUACAAUGCAGCCGAAUAUGAUGGGUAUGGUUGGAGCCGGCAGCUCGAAUCAAAUGCUUGGAGGGCCAGUUGGCAAUAUGGGUAAUAAUGCUGGUGGUACAGGUGUUGGAGGAAUAAACAGCCCUGGCGGUGGCAUGGGAGGCAUGGUCGCUGGCGGCCAGGUUGGUGGGCCCGGUGGUGGCAUUCGGCCGCAAGGUAGUCAGCACAAUGCACCUGUUGACAGUGGUCAGGGGCUAAAUGAAGCUCAACUUGCGCUUAUUAUGCAGAAGAUUAAAAACAAUCCAUCGCACGAUAACCAACAGAUACUGCAAGUCUUGAAACGUAAUCCGCGAAUAAUGGCCGCCAUCAUUAAACAACGUCAACAGAGCCAACCGAAUCCUAGUGGAAGCGGUGGGGGCGGUCCAGCCGGUAAUGGGCAACAACAACAACAACAGCAACAACAACAACAAGUAAUGCAACAAAAUCAACAAUUGCAACACAUGAUGAGCCAACAGCAGCAAAUGUCUCAAGCGAAUCAGCAACAAGUGGUGAUGCAACCUCAACAACAAGCUGGGCCCCCACAUCAGCGCAUGCCAGGCAUGCAAAAUCCCAUGAUGAUGCAACAACAGCAGCAAGUGUCUAGCAACAUGCAGCAACAAGGACCGAUGCCUAACGUGCAAUGGUUUAAAGCGCGACAGAUGCCGAUGCCCAAUUACCCGCCUCCUUAUCCUCAACGUCAACGCGCACCUCCGCAAAUGGGUGGUGGUGGCGGACAACAAUUUACCGGUGGUAACUUUGGCCCUGGUGGGCCAGGUGAUCAGUAUGCAGUAGCCGCUGCGGCUAUGCAACAAGGUUUAAAACCACCCACACCACAACAACAAAUGGGGGGUAUGCCAGGUGCUGUGACACAGCAGCAGCAACAACAACAGCAGCAAAUGAUGCAAGCAGGUGGUGUGGUGGGGGGACCCGGAGUCGGCAUGGUGGGCGGUCCUAAUGUAAUGGGCCCGCCUACGCCACAUACCCUGCAACAACAAAUAAUGCAGUCAGCAGCGCGCGCUUCACCGCCUAUACGUUCGCCGCAACCUACACCGUCACCACGUUCCGCGCCAUCGCCACGAGCUGGUGGGCCAUCAGCUUCACCACGCGCUCAACCAUCGCCGCAUCAUGUAAUGAGUCAUUCACCAGCGCCCGGUCCGCCACAUGAUGGAGGUCUACAUAAUCAUGUUGGUGGCAUGCAUGCGCCACAUCAAUCACCACUGCCAGGUGGUGUAUCACAGGACGUCGGCGUUGGCGGUGUAGUUGGUGGUGGAGUUGUCGGUGGUGCUGGUCCCGGUCAAGCCGUUGCCGACGCAUCUGAUCAACUGACCAAGUUUGUGGAACAACUCUAGUGUAGUAAUUAACAGUUGCAGGCACCCACUAGCACGUUCAGCAACAACAGUAACAAGAUGUAUUCACGUUAUUACUGAGAUAAGCCGAAAUUAUACAUCUGUACAGGUUAAUCAAUCAUAUCUUUGUUUCAAAUAUUUGGUUGAAUUUUUUUACUAUUUAUGUUUAUUUUUGAGGCAUCACAAUUGAAGUUAUUGAUUUCAGUUUUCUUAUCUCUAAAAGUUAGGUUUAUAAUUUAUUUGCUUCUUUGAAAUAUAUCCAUAGUUAAGAAUAGUGUUUAGAACAUUCUGAAGUUAUGAUCAUACGUUCAUACGUUCCAUCGCACCAAGUUAUACCUUAUUGUCAUAAGCAUUUAAAGAGUAAUAAUAUGAUUUGCCGAAAGAUGCAUUAGAUGCAUGCAAGCAGUACUCAAAAUAGAUAUGAUCGAUCAAAAAAAAGUAUGGUAUAGUUACUAUAAAAAGCGGUUACUAAAAUCCUGUUAAUUACAAAACCAAUAGCACAUGCAAAAUAUAUUAAAAUACAUUUUUUGACAAGAUUUUCUUGUGAUGCUAAAAUCGUUUACAAGAAAAAACCUAUAUGACUUUAGACUUCAUGAUUAAAAUAUUGGCUGUACUUUCAUCUCUUAUAUGUUAUUUCGAAGGUAAAUCCUUUGUGGUCGGCCAUUUGUGCACAUUUAGCAAUAUCUUAAAUUUAGGUUUUUUUUUAUUUCUGAGUUUACUUGAUUUAUACUCAUCCUUAAAAUACUGUUGAACGAAUACACUACUACAUGCACACACUGAUAUAUUCUAUAUAUAGAGAUACUUUAAUGCAAUUUAAAUGAUUAAUAAUAUACCAUAAAUCAUAUGUAGAUGUAUGUAUAUCUAAUAUAAGACGAAAAAGUUUAUUAUUAUCACUUUGAGAAUUGUAAAAGAAUAAAAGGUAAAAUCAAAAUAUAAAAUAAUUUUGUAUAAACAGAAGAAAUGGUGGCAAAACCAGUCAAAUAUUCAAAACAAUACUAGGAAAUACAUGGAAACUUUGUAAAUAUGUAUUUUUUAAGUAAAUAAUAUAUAUGUAUAUGUUUUAGUUACAUUUAAACAAAAGAAACAAAUAUUUACCAAUAAAAAGAAGCAUAAACAAGCUCCAAUUUAGGAAGGUAAAUAAAAAAUUGUCUGGCAGUAAUUUAUAUAUGUGCAAAUCUUUUCAAUAGCCACACAUUCAUUGAAAUGAACUUUUAAAAAUAUUUACUUUGCGAGCUUACGUUCAAUUUUUACAUUAAACAAUAAUUAAUGAACACUGAAAUCAACUUGAAAAAUGUCCAAUAUUAUGCUGAAAUUGUUUCACAAAAUUUCACAUACAAACGUUGAACUACAUUGAUAAUUCAUGAGAAAACAGCUAUUAACUUAAAAUUUCCACACCUGAAAUGAAUAACUUCUAGAACAUCGUCAUCGCUUAUAAGCGUUGUGUUUUAAUGCGUAUAUAUUAUUUCAUAUGACAUUCAGUAACAAUAUUAAAUGUGCCUUUUCAGUAUUUGUACUUUUAUGGUAAUAUUAUUGCACUAUGCUGACUACUUUAAUGCUAACUUUCAUGCAAAUUCAUAUUAUUAUUUUUCAUUAAAGACAACCGUACUUGACAAUGAAUUGCAUCCAACAUGAUGAGUCGUACUUUAAAAUUUGCAUUACCAGUGAAUUGUGUUAUUAAAUCCAAAAUUUCAACAAAUAAUCAUUUAAAAUAACGACAAGAAUUCGUUUCUUUAUAGAAUUAAAUUAGAAGCCAAUAUAAUACAAAGUAACAUCAGAAAACUUGCAAAUAACUUCAAACUAGUUGCAAUUGCAUCUUAGUCCUUGUGAACAUUUUUGCACCUUAGCAAGGUUCAUUGUAUCGGCUGUUAUCGAACUACCUACAUCUCAUUCAUAUUUCUAAAGGAAUCUAGAUUCGAUCGCCUUUCAUUCAUUAAAAGCCGUCACAAAUUUCGCACCUGCACCCGCAGCGAAUAUUACACGAUUAACUAACUUCAUUACCUUUACGUAAUUUAAAACUUUAGUAACUUACUUUAUUUUCUAAAAUGUGAACAUUAGAAAUAUCAUAGUUAAAUAGCUAGUGGUACUGUAUGCAUGUUAGUUAUAUUUUGUGAUAGCUUUUUAUAUGAUAAUACUUAAUUUUAGAUGAAUUAGUUUUUGGUUGUGUGAUAAUUCAUACACCGAAAAAUGUUAGCAUUUCUAAUCAAAUUAUAAUUUAACACUUAUGACAUAAUACAAUAUUUAAAAACAAACAUAUUUUCUAAUACACAUAUACUUUGUAUUAAUCCUGUGGCUAUGAAAAGUGCAUUGGUGUCUUUAUAUAAUUCUAUGCAAUUAUUCCUUUCGAUAAAGAAAUAAUUUACCAGCAGUUGACUUGAUAUCCGCCAUUUUUACAAGUUUAAAAAUGCUGGAGAGCAAUUUCUUUUCAAUCAAGAUGAAAUUAUGGUGUUGAAAAUGAAAAAUAUUUAUAUUAUUAAAAAAACACGAUUUGAAAGUAAUUAAAAAUUUGAAUGGAACUUAUUUUAUGAAGCUACAUAUUUUUAAUUAUAAUUACAAAUACAAUAUAUAAAAUGGUUAGUUUAAGUUGUAGGCGCAGUCUACACAUAUUUUAUGUUUUGACCUGCAUAAUUUUCGCUUGGAUAGGAGUUUGUUGUUCGCCCAAUAGAUCACCGCGCCCGCCAACUCUCAGCAAAUGAACUGUUCAUAGCGAAAAUUGCACAGUUCGUGAAAUAAAUUUAAAAAGCUACAAAAUAAGUUAUGAAGAAAGUAUGCAUUGUGUAUAAAUAACUAACUAUAGAGUAGAACAUAAACAAAAAAACAACAAAAAAAAAAAUACAUAUAAAUUAGUUAUUAAAGGAUUAUCAUAAUAAAAUAGUAUGUGUAAUUUGUAUGUUAUUACUUAUUCUUGUAAUAUUUUUAAAUGUACAUAUAUGGUAUACAUAAUUACCUAGAUAGUAAGGAUCAUCAUAUAAGUUAAUUAAUAAGCGCAUAUUGGAAAAUAAUAAAAGCACGGAAAUUUAUUAAAAAAUUAAAUUGUUUAAGUAUUGAUUCCAAAUUUUUUGCGAUUUACAUACAGAUGUAUAUGUGUAGGUAUAUGUGUUUCAAUGUGUGUUAGUAGCAGUGAAGUGAGAGUAUAGUAAAUUUUUGGUAAAAUGCCUAACACGCUACAUUUAAUAUAUACAAAUAUUAUUUUUCCUACAAGUUAGUAGUUUUAAAAAUGAUAGUGUGGUCUUAUUAAAUUAAUACAUUAAAUUUAUACCGAUCUCUUCAUCUCUCCUUUUAUUCGUAAUUUUUGACAUAUUAAUUUGUAAAAAAGAAUCGUUUUAGAAUUUAAUAAUCAAAUAAUAACGACAGUCGUGUUAUCACAAUGGUUGCACUUAGCGAUUUAGCUACCAAAAUGUAAUGAAAUAAUUUAUUUUAAAUUUUAAUAUAAACAUAAUAAUUAUUAUGUUAUAAAAAUGUGAACUUUGUAACAAAGAAAACCAUAAAUGAAUGAUGUACUACGGAAAUCAUUACAUUAAGUUUAUUAGAUUUAGCAGUAUGCUGGAAUUUGUAUUAAUUAUUAUAUACUAUUCAUCUUAAACUCAAUGAAUAUGACAAUUACUAAUAUGAUUAUCUCGCGUAAAACGUAAUACGCCACGUCUGUGAAAUACCAAUAACUUACUUGUAUAUAAUGAUAGAACAAAUUAACUAUAAUUUGGUGUAUAAAUAUAUACAUACAUAUGUAUAUAUUAAUAAGUAAGCUUUUAUUACUAGCCUAAAAAUGUCGAAAAUUUAAAAAUAAAUGUGCCUGUAAGCACAUCGCAACAUAAAUGCAUACAUACAUUUUGAACGAUUUAAGUUACAUAUGCGCAUGCAAACAAAAAAUACAAAAAAAUACAUCGCAAAUGCUAGAAACUUAAGUUGCACAGCGGUCUGAUAGAAGUUUACGAUAUUUAGAUAUA